CAAUCAAGCCACAAAUUACAAAUUCAAGUCGAGCAGUGCCAGCUGCAAUACACCCUAAUGGGCACCCUAGGGCAUCAUGCUCCAAGGGGAUGCCUCAUCGGAUGAUCCAAGGUCCCUAGAGUCUAGGGCGGCCCCAUUCAGGCUUCCAGAUCACACAUGCAUUCAGCGUCAGCCAAGAAACAGUCGCCAUACAACAUCUAUCGCUUAGUAAGCAAGACAGCUAUAAUCAGUUGCAAGCACAGACCAAACCCCAAACACAGCUAUGAAGCAAUUCUUACUAAAGGUGUAGAAUAGCUUCUCCAAAUAAAUUACUUAUAUGUGGUAAGGACUGGGAGACAAUGUGCCUCCAAUUCUGACUCUUCAUGCGUAGCUAGCUCAGGCGCAAAGUAACAGCUGUCACAACGCAUGGUGCAACAAGAGACACAACAGGCACCUGUUUCAGGCGCUCCAGAGCUACAGUCUUGCUCCAAAAGGACUUCCACGUCAGAAUGCCGAAAUCAUGCCUCACAAACAAGAGCAGUCCCUCUCCAAGAUGCCUGCAGUUCUCAGCUGGCCAAACAAUGGUGACUAAUUUGUGGCUUUUGGUGGCCUCCUGUGCCAAUCUGGUGAGCAGGCAGCUGCAUCAUACAGCGUCUUCAGCUGCUUUCCUAAUCAGCCCCUCCCCAUCUCACACACCCAAACGCAACCCAAGCCUGCCCAUCGUAAAACAACUGGUCUUCCGCUGCCACCCAAGACUGCUCAAAGAGCGGGGGGGUUCAUCAGGCGCUCAGGAGUAGUCGGGGCUGUCGCGGG